GAUUCCUCUACCUUUACGAAAAGGGCCGGAGAAGUCGAAGAUAUGCAUUUCAAAAAUAAGAUCACAUAAACGCAUUCACAACCGAAGUCUGACUCAAUGGCUUUGAUCACGGUCACAUCAACAUCACCAAAAUCCAAAAUCUCCCCAAAUUUACCAAGAGAAGCGGCGCCGCCAGAUCCACAGAAUUGUGGGGGAGUUCGGGUAUCAGAUGUGGUGGGGGAUCGGAAGAGGACUUUGUUUAGGGGAAGAGAACGGAACAGAUUGGAUAUAGGAACAUCUUGCGUUGUUUUUGCACUGCAUUGUCUGUGUCUUUUUGCGCCGUUUCAAUUCAAUUGGAGUGCGUUCUGGGUCGCUUUUGCGCUCUAUUUGAUAACAGGGCUUCUGGGUAUUACUCUUUCUUUUCAUAGAAAUCUUUCACACAGGAGUUUCAAGCUCCCCAAAUGGCUCGAGUACUCGUUUGCAUAUUGUGGAGUUCAAGCAUUUCAGGGGAGUCCAAUGGAUUGGGUGAGCGUUCACAGGUCUCACCACCAGUUUGUUGAUUCUGAGAGAGACCCGCAUAGUCCCAUUGAAGGCUUUUGGUAUAGUCACAUGAGUUGGAUCUUGUAUAAAAAGUCUAUCAAUGAAAGGUGUGGAGAGGAUAACAAUGUUGGGGACAUGAAGAAGCAGCCAUUCUAUAGGUUUAUGCAAAGCACCUAUGAUUUUCAUGCAAUUGCAUUAGCUGUUUUGCUUUAUGCAUUGGGAGGAUUUCCCUUCCUUGUGUGGGGAAUGGGAGUGAGAAUUGUUUGGGUGUGGCACAUAACUUGGAUGGUAAACUCUGUUUGCCAUGUAUGGGGAAAUCAAGCAUGGAAAACUGGCGAUUUGUCCCGAAACAAUUGGUUGGUGGGAGUGCUUGCAUUUGGAGAGGGUUGGCAUAAUAACCAUCAUGCCUUUGAGUACUCUGCUCGACAAGGCCUGGAAUGGUGGCAACUUGACCUGACUUGGUUUGUGGUUAGGCUUCUUCAAGCUGCGGGAUUGGCCACUGAAUUGAAGCUGCCUAAUGAAAUGCAAAAACAGAGGAUGGCCCUUCAACCAUUGAAGAACUGGAGGGCCGGGUCGAGCCUGCCUCACGGGUCGUGCCGGCCAGACCUAGUGGGCUGGAAAUCUCAACCCAGUCCGGGUAGGCUACAUGUGCAAUUGCAGAAGCAACCAAAAGGGGCAUACUAAAGAGUGAAAAACUCACCAAGUGGAUGCGAAAAACAUGACCUUGCUUUGGAACUAGGAAGAGGCCGCGUGGCUGAGAAAGACUGUGCCAGAGACGUAAAGCUGGACAAAUUUGUUGCCGCCAUGAGGACACACAACAAAAAGGUGAAAUGGUUGGGAGCGUUGCGGUAGGAGAGUGAAUUACGUACACAAAAGUGUAGUGUAAAUAUCUGAACUGCUGGUUAGUGGUUAGUGUCAUCUGAAAACGAAAGUAUCUGGAUCUCUAUGCACCGCCUUCAAAGGCAAA